AGCUGCCCGGUCGCCGCCCCCCGGCCGGUCCCUGGCGGGCGUCGGCAUCCAGAGAUUUGGGACAAGAUGCCAACGAAGCAGUGACCUGAGAGAAGCGGAUCCCUGUGGCCGGACCUGUUACCAUGUCCCAUCAAGCUCUGAACUGCCUGGCUGAGAAGGGGGACAGCCCCCGUGAGGCCCCAGGAAAUGGACCCUCCAAUAUGGUUCGCCCCAGCCUGGAUACAUUCACCCCCGACGAGCUGCUGCAACAAAUGAAGGAACUCCUGGUCGAGAACCACCAGCUGAAAGAAGCCAUGAAGCUAAAUAAUCAAGCUAUGAAAGGGCGAUUUGAGGAGCUUUCCGCCUGGGCAGAGAAGCAGAAGGAAGAGCGCCUGAUGUUUGAGAUGCAAAGCAAAGAGGCUAAGGAGCGCCUCAAGGCCCUGAGUCAUGAAAAUGAGAGGCUGAAGGAAGAGCUUGGAAAACUAAAAGAGAAGUCAGAAAAGCCAUUUGAAGACCUCACAGGUGGCUGCAGGUUUCCCAGAACUGACUUUGAGCGGGAAGUGGAGAAGCUUAAGACCCAGGUGGAGCAGGAGGUGGAGCAUCUGAAGAUCCAGGUGAUGCGCCUUCAGGCUGAGAAGGCGGACCUGUUGAGCAUUGUCUCAGAGCUGCAGCUCAAACUCAACUCCGCCGGCUCCUCGGAAGACUCCUUCGUUGAGAUCAGGAUGACUGAAGGAGAGACUGAAGGGACAAUGAAGGAGAUGAACGGCCCUAGACCCACAAGAACAGACUCCAUCAGCAUGAGCAGAUGUACAGAGGAUGCUAGGACCUGUGUGGAGUUUGAGGAUUUGACUGUGAGCCAGCUCCUGCUUUGCCUAAGGGAAGGAAACCAAAAGGUGGAGAGACUUGAAAUCGCUCUCAGAGAAGCCAGAGAAAGAAUUUCAGAUUUUGAAAAGAAAGAAAAUGGCCAUUCUGUGAUUGAGACCCAGACAGAGGGGAGAACUGACAAAGAAGAGGACAAAGGCCCAGAGAGUGUUGGAAAUGAAGUGGAAACACUGAACAUUCAGAUGACCUCCCUGUUUAAGGAGCUUCAAGAGGCGCACACAAAACUCAGUGAGGCUGAGCUGAUGAAGAAAAGACUUCAAGAAAAGUGUCAGGCUCUGGAAAGGAAGAACUCUGCAACCCCAUCAGAGCUGAAUGAAAAGCAAGAGCUCCUUUACAGUAACAAGAAGUUAGAGCUUCAGGUGGAGAGCAUGCGCUCCGAAAUCAAGAUGGAGCAGGCUAAGACAGAGGAGGAGAAAUCCAGGUUGGCCACUCUGCAGGCAACGCACAACAAGCUCCUUCAAGAACAUAACAAAGCGCUGAAAACAAUUGAAGAACUAACCAAACAACAGGCGGAAAAGGUGGACAAGAUGUUGCUACAAGAGCUCAGUGAGAAGCUGGAGCUGGCGGAGCGGGCGCUGGCAUCCAAACAGCUCCAGAUGGACGAGAUGAAGCAGACCAUCGCUAAGCAGGAGGAGGACCUGGAGACCAUGGCUGUCCUCAGGGCUCAGAUGGAGGUGUACUGUUCAGAUUUUCAUGCUGAGAGAGCAGCAAGAGAGAAGAUUCAUGAAGAAAAGGAACAGCUGGCCUUGCAGCUUGCAAUUUUGCUGAAAGAGAACAAUGAGUUUGAAGACGGAGGCAGCAGGCAGUCCCUGAUGGAAAUGCAGUGCCGGCAUGGGGCAAGAAGAACCAGUGACUCUGACCAGCAGGCUUACGCGUUUCAAAGAGGAGCCGAGGACAUGAGCUGGCAACACGGGCAGCAGCCUCGCAGUAUUCCGAUUCACUCGUGCCCCAAGUGUGGGGAGGUCCUGCCCGACAUUGACACGCUUCAGAUCCACGUGAUGGACUGCAUCAUUUGAGUGUUCAACUCCCCAAAGCUGUUGGUAAACGCCACAUUUCUCCUCCAACACUUGUACUUCUGUCUGGUUUAUUGUCACACAAAUAUUUUUGCCACACUAUCCUUAUUUCUGGAGAAAGAAAAAUGUACCCCGCCUAAGGAGAGCAUCUUCUGGAUGGACAGGAAGUCACAAAGAAGAAUCUAAUUACCACCCUUCCAAUAAGAGAGUCAGUGUUUUUAUGUUCUGCUCAUGAGAGUCGCUGAGAGCAGCCAGUUAGAAUGGGGACACCAUGUGACCAAGCUCAUGAAAUGAUGUGUGAGAUCCUGUAAGAGCCAAGAAAUUGAAAUGGCUCCAUUUCAUGGCUCCAUUGUUUUUCUAGGUAAAUCUUCACCCAUCAGGCAUCUUGUUCCGUGUGUAAUUAUGUAGAAGUUACAUAUGGCUCUUUCUGACUGAACACUGUGGUAUCUGUUGAUACCAGGACAAAUGAGAGCUGGGAAUGCAGCUCUGGACUGGAGUACUUCCCUACAGCUGUUCAGUGUGACGUGACCUUCAGUCUUUCUUUAUACUGGAGGGGAAUAGACUAGUACAGUACAGAGUUUAAUUUUUAAAAGAACAGCUAUUUUCUUCGCAGAUGAAGUAGCAGCUUACAAACAUCAGUUAUUACAAAGUAAACUUUUGUGACACGUCUGUUCCACUGCUCAUACAAGACCAGCCACACUGUAGUGUGUAUAUCCUGUAUUAAGCUCAGUAGACUUAAUAUAAGCUUAAUACUGAGAUGUUUUGAUCAUGAUAAGAGGGCCAGUCCAUGUUGGAAUGAGAUUCCUGAUAAAAAGGUAAACAGAGCCAUGCUUGCUGGUGCAUAACACACCUGCAAUUCCAGCACAUAGGAGACCGAGGCAGGAGAUUGCCAGCUCAUAGCCAGAUCGGUCUACACAGAAUAAAUGGGGAUUUGCCAUACUUUGUGUUUAAAAAGUUAACAAGAACUAAACAAGCCCAAAAGUAAACAGCAUAGAGUCCUAAAACAUUUAAGAAAGUUGUUCUGUGUUUACCAUAGGACCUCUGGUUAAAUACACACAGAUGUGUAUUUAAAUAAAAUCAAAAUAGUUCAUUCAUCUCAAUGGAACAUAGUAUUCAGAUGACCGUUAUCUUCAUACCUGAGCAAUUACCCUUUCCAAGACAGUAGAACACUGUACUGUUCAUCAGUAGUUAGAUUAGAUCCCCCCUCAGACCCUGGGGACAAUGUUUGCUAAUGACAUUUCUAAAAUUACAAUGAUUUUUUUCUUCUUAUUGUUUCUAGUAUACAUUUCUUUAUUAUUUUAUACUGGAUGAAGUAGGUUUCUAUAGUAUCCCAGAUACAGGAGGAAACUAAACCAUUUCACAAUGAAGUUCCUGGGGAAAUCCUUUUACUUUGUUCAAGUAAAAUUAUCUGAUAAAUCCAAACUGUGAAGUGAAAACUCAAAUGGUCUUAAUAGGACUAUGACCAAAGCAUUUGUUUGAUCAUGAAGAGGAUUACAGAUGAAGGCAAGUUCAGAUUAAGACCGCUGGAGAGAGAUCUAUGCCCAGCAUCUCCCACAGCAGCUCAGAUACAGUGCGACCUAGGUUUCCAUUCCCUGUGAGUGGGUAAGGCAAAUGCAUACACAGAGACAGUGAAGUGGUUUCCAGCCUUGAAAAAAAAGGGGAUUAUAUCAUUUGAUGACAUAGAUGGACCUGGAGGACAGCAUGUCAAGUGAAAUAAGCCAGUCAUAGAUAUCACAUGAUCUCAGUCACAUGUGGACUCUAGAGAAACAGCUCGUAGAUGUUAAGAGCUGAAUAGUGGUUAGCAGGAUAGGGGGGAAGGUGUAGGAAGGGUGGGAUGCUGGUCAAAGGUUCGAAGUCUCAAGAGGAAUACACUGUAGUGAUCUGUACAGAAUAGUGACUGUAAUCAUUUGUAUAUUAAGGCUAUAUCACCAGUUUAGUAAACAACUUGUAAACCCUC